AUGAGAGGAUACUUACUUGGAACACUUCUACUUUUGAAAUAUUGCAUUUCCGGUGAAAUGGUGAACUUUGAUUCAGACAUCAAGGAUUUUGUAGUUGGUAACAGUAAGUUAUUUGUUCUUACUGAUCAUCGACUACAUCAGUUGAGCCACAAUCUUUAUGAAGAAAACAGGAAAGACAUCACUAAAGCCUCUGAACACAACAGAGUCAACAUUUUGGUGCCUUUUGGCGCCAACAGCACCUUGAUAACGUGUGGGACAUUUAACAAUGGAUAUUGUGAGGUUCUUGAUAUAAAUGAUAUCACGAAAAGUAUUUACUAUGAAAGUGAUCUACUGAUAGGACCUCGACAAGAUGAGAAAUCUGUUGCCUUCAUAACCGGUACAAGUAGCAGUAGGUACCUUUUGGUUGGGAAAAAAGAUGACGAUGCAAAUCCUCAAGAUACCAGGUAUUCUGUUGUUAGCUUGUGGAACACUUUAGACUCUCAAUUUGGUGGGAUUUUCUCAAGAAUAGCUGAAGGAUCAGAUGCCAUGAUUCAAAGCACUGUGAGAGAUGUGGAGUUUGUUGAUGGAUUCCAGAGAGAUUCACCCUCAGAAUCUUACUUAUUUCUCAACACAAAGACUGACUCCGAGAGGAAAGUGCUCGUCCUGUGGAUGAACAGCUCUAAAGGAAGAAAGACAGAAAUCAUCAAAUCCCUACAGGCUUCAAGGAUACGAUGCUGCAGUGAUAAAGCUCGUCCAGUGCUUGUCGCCAGCACCGUUAUUCCCUCAGUGAACAGAGUUAUUUGGGCAGGUGUGUUCAGUGCACAGAAUCAGCAGGAUCCGGAGAACAGCGCGCUGGCUCUGUACGACAUCAGUCAUGUUAAAGGACGAGUGAAGGGCUUCUGUGUUAUUGGUGAAAAGCCAUGUGGCUCUGAGGUUGGAUAUUAUUUUGUCAUAUUGAGUUAUGGAUAAUAUUUUCAAUAGAAUACA